AUGGCAGCCCCCAAAGGCGUCGCCCAAGGCAGUGACUUCCGUACAACAUGCCCGCCUACAGAGAGCGCGCCGCACCCGCUCCCGCCCGGCCACCGGAAGUUUCCAUUUGAAACCCUGGCGGCAGACGCAGUCGGCGGUACGGCAGUUGCUGCCGAGCAUUUUUUGAACCAGAGCGACGAGGCCUGGGGGCCGCAGCGGCAGGCGCCUGGAGCCCGACCGUGCCGCCUCGUUACGAUGACCAGCGUAGUUAAGACCGUGUACACCCUGCAACCCCCCUCUGUGCUGAGCAGCGGCCUGCCGCCAGAUGCACAAACUCGAGCGACUUCUAAGAGCCUAUUACCUGUUAAGUCCAAAGAAGUUGAUGUUUCCAGACUUCAUUCAGGAGGUUCAGAGAAUGAUGUUACAAAAAUCAUCAAACCUAGACGAGAGAAUGGGCAGGUGAAAGCUGCAGAGCCUGUCACCAGGAGGAACAUCAGAAAGAGCUACAAACCCCUGAGUAAACAGAAAUCAGAGGAAGAGCUCAAGGAUAAGAACCAGCUCUUAGAGGCCGUCAACAAGCAGUUGCACCAGAAGUUGACUGAAACUCAGGGAGAGCUGAAGGACCUGACUCAAAAAGUGGAGCUGCUAGAGAAGUUCCAGAGCAACUGUUUGGCAAUCUUGGAGAGCAAGGGCCUCAACCCAGGCAGUGAGACCCUCGCAUCACAGCAGAUCUCCACCACGGAUCACAUGGACUCUAUGUUGCUGUUAGAAACUUUGCAAGAUGAGCUGAAGCUUUUUAAUGAAACAGCCAAGAAGCAGAUGGAGGAGUUACAGGCCCUAAAGGUAAAGUUGAAGAUGAAAGAAGAAGAGAGGGCCCAGUUCCUAGAACAACAGACAUUAUAUAACAGUCAAGUAAACAAUUUUACAACAGCCCUUGAUGAAAUGGAGCAGCUAUUAGAAAUGUGAUAAAAAGCAGGUGGCCAGACGGCUCCCUCUUGGGGACAGACUCUCAGAGGAAGCUGCUUUUAGGACAUGUGCUUCUUGGCCAUGAUCUUCUAGGACUUAACCACCCUCAGAAUGAAAACAGUUUCUGCAGUAGGAUUAAGGACAGUCUCUGCUGGAAUGCCGGUUUCUCCUUUAAGCAAGCGUUCCCAACCUUCAGAUUGGUCAGCUCUCCUGAACCUCACAGUACAUAAUUGAGGCCUACAAGAGAGGGGACCUGGAAGCUUGGAUCAACCUCCCAGGCAACAAAGCGGCACAGCAUUAGAAUCAGGAGACUAAACCAGCCACAGCCAGAGGAUCCAAAAGGUCGCAUUGAAAUGUGCGGGAAGAAACAGUGGAGCACAGGCGCCCCACAGGAGACAUCGCUCUCCUAACUUGGAGUGCAUUCUGUCUCAUCCUGGUUGGGCUCUGUAACCUCACUGUAAAUUUAUGAACUUGAAGUUACUUGAAAUGGCUUAGUAAAUGGGGUGAAGGUAUAGAUAGCAGUAACACCUAUGAAAUAAUACACUUGGAGCUUUUAAUCUAAAUCUCUUCUGUUUUUGGGUUUUUUUUUGUAAACUACUACUUUUAAAAUAAAUAUUUCUGUAACUAUUCAGACUGCAACACUGACAAAUGAAAAAAGCCUUUUAACUUAAAUAUGUCCACUGAAUACUAGUGAACUAAUCUAGUUAACAAGUCAAGGCUCCUGAUUUAACCCAGAAUAUUUCUCUACAACUCAUUAAGUGCUCUGUGGCAAGUCCCCGCCCCUCACCGUCUUCCAGGGGCAUUAGCUAGUCUUCUGUGGGUGUUCCCUGUUUGUAGCUGUGGGUGCCAGACUCUGUGUACCAGGUUUGUGUCACUAGCUGCAUGUAUUCCUAAGCUUGGUUAUAUGUCUGCCAUUUGCUUUCCACAGCCAAUCCUGGACCAGGCACCAUGAAUCCUUAGUCAACUGAAGUCCAUGGCAGGCCUCCCUCUGAUUUACCAAAGGUACAGCCAUGUUCCAUUUCUUAGUCAAAUUAGGCAGAUGUGGCUUUGGCCAUUUCCCUUUUUUCCUGUACCUCUGCCAAUUUCUUCACCAACCUCCCCUACUCCUCAGCAUUGUUGAGGCUGUCCCGAGCCACCCAGUGAAGCCAAAGAAAUGCCCCACCCUACCUUACAGGGCUAAAAUUCUUUGCCUUCUUACGCAAACAUUCGCACAGUUGGUUAUGUCCCAAAUAUUUUGAGAGGGAAACCCAGUUAAGUAAUUCUCACCAGUGAGAAGGCCUAAUAUUUUCUUCUGUCCAUUUUCAGGAUGUUUCUAACUUAAAAGAUUGUUUACCCAAGUGAAUUUGUAAUCAGCAUUUCUGGCCCCCCCCCAAAAUGUUUUACUUCCUUCUUGGAAGGAGAGGGUGGGAAGCUCAGCUGUUAAGAUCUUCGCUUCCUUGUCAUCUCUCCCUAGUUAACCCCUAGGAAUGGAACUAUCUCAGUUCUUACCAUGACUCUUCUUUCCUUGUGUAGCGACCCCUGUUCACUCGAAGUCCUGCCUCCCAAGGGGCCUUCUCAUCAGUUUUGCACCACCAUUUGAGCACUUUUGCCAUUUCUCUUGUUCCCUCUGACUUCUCCAUCUGCCUUUUGUAGACAUGGAAGUGUUCUGGGUGCUUACUCUGAUCUGGAUUCUGAAUAAAUUCAUAUAUUACGUGAAUUCAGUGUGAUCUGCACCCUCCAUUUUGCUAGAUGCUGUAGGGAACUUCAGCAUGACAUUCUUAGCCUCAAAGAUACUUACAGUCUAUCUGGUAAAACAACACACAGGUGUUAAACUAUACAAUUUCAAUAACAAAUGCAAUCGUCUUUUAAGCAGUGGGUUGUGCAAUAUAGCUGUGUACUAUAAUAGUUAACUAUGGGCUAGUUUGCUUGGGAAAGGCUUGAUGGAGGACAUAGACUUAGGACUGAAGGAAGAGUAGUAUUUGGAGAGGCUAGCUAGAAGGUUAAGGACCUUCCAGGUUGGUGAACACGUGGAGAUUUGGGGAGAAUAGCACACUCAGGACAUGGAAGCUUCAUGCCCUUCCCCUACACCUUGCCCCGUGCAGCGCUUCCAUCCGGUUGUUCUUGAGUUACAUCCUUUUAUAAUAAACCAGUAAUCUAGUAAAUAAAAUGUUUCUCUGAGUCUGUGAGCCACUCCAGCAAAUCAGUCAAACCCAAGGAGUGGAUCAUUGGAAUUUCCAAGGAGAAAAUAAAAUUAUGAAAGACUGGAAAAAAAAAAUUGAAGGGACAUCCAGGUGAGUCUUAGGGAACUGAGUAAGAACACUGACUGGACAUGUUCAGAGGGUUCAAGCUGAGAUUUAACCGAGCACUUGCAAUAUGCUGCAGGUGUAUCCCUCCUUACAUACACUGAUGGAAUCCCCAUUAGUCAUACAAGGUAAGCACUAUUACACCUUUUUAUAGCUGGUUAAAUAGGCUCAGAGAAACUAAGCUGAUUUGCCAAAGGUCAAACAAACAAGUAUUGGUGAAAGACUGGAGUGAAGGAACAGUGGAGGUGGAAAGUACAUGGUGCUACUAAAAGUUUUGAAGAAACUUGAAUAGCAGGCUAGGAGGUGUAGAUUUUUUUCAUCUUAGGCCAAAGAUUUCCAAACUCAGUUCACAAUAUUCCCAGUGUCUCAGUAAGUUAUGACAUACCAAAAGAAAUGCCAAAAAUUUCUAUUUUUAAGUAGUUAGAUCCAAAUAAGUAAUUAUAUCCUAAUAACUUAGUAGGUAUUUGAAAACAAAAAAUAACAUAAAUCUAAAAAUAUUUUUAUUUUAAUUUUAAAUAACUACAGUUACUUACUAAUGGGAUGUUGGGCAUUGCUUAACUUUUCAAACCUUGGAAACAAUUUGGACACUACCGUGUUCCUUCUCUGACACUGAAAGGAACACAGUGUGAUCUAAUUGAAACUGACCUACUCCGAGCUAGUAGUUCACAUGUAGCCUAACAUGUCAGUGUCACUGUGAUUCCCCCUAAAAUUCUGGAAUAUCCCUUGGCACCCCUGUGAGCUUGCUGCCCAGGGGUACCUUGGCUCACAAUCUGGGAACCAUGAAUCUAGGAAGUAAGGAAUCACACAUUUUGAGCAGGCAAUCACCAUAAUGAAUGUUUUAGAAAAAUGAAUCUAGCAUUGUGUGAAAAAUGGAUGGCAGGAUUAAGAGAAUGGAGUCAAAGACAGGAAAACACAGGAAUCAAAUGUGUUUAGGAGCAUGAUGACACAAGUAUAAAGAUUUGAAACACAAGAAAACUACAUAUACUCAUUGAUGGCAUAAGGGUGUGAAGGAGAGGAAUCUACAAAUGUAGAGGUUUUGAGCAAGGGUGACAAUAAGAAUUGGUUAUAAAAUUAGGCUGUUAAAACUUCAGCUUGCAGCCGAAUCCCAGCCUACCCACUAAAAACUGGUCUUUGGCGAACUACUUCUCUCAGUCUAAUUUCUUACCUGUAAAAUGCCUGCUUUGCUGGGUUACUGUAAGAGAGGAUUAUGCCUGGCAACCAACCCAGUGACUGGCCCAGUUACUCAAAAUUCAAAAUGUCUCUUGGUAAAUGAUCGUCUUAAUCGUGCCGUUUGUGCUGUAGGGCUUGUUCUCUUCUGUCUCUUCCUGUCCUCUGCCUCUGCCUAUGUCCUUAGUGCCCUGUUUUUACUGUUGCUUGCAGUGGCAAGCUUCCCAUACUCAACUUCCCUCUUUGGGAACUCUCAAAUUACAACCACCUUAAAAAACAAAGCACACACUUUCCUCCCCUCUAGCUACCAUUCACCUUCUGUAUACAGUCAAAAUUCUCAAGAAGCCUUUUUUUUUCCUCACUGUCCUCUUCCCCUACCAAUCUGGCUUAAAAAGAAAAACAAUGAAUAUAAGGUACCUAGAGUAGGCAGAUUCAGAAAAAGUGAAAAUUACCACAGACGAGGAGGAAGGAAGGGGGAGUUAUUAUUUAACAUGUACAGAGUUUCCGUUUGGUGUGAUGAAAAGGUUCUGGAAAUAGUAGUGAUGGUUCACAACAUUGUGAAUGCACUUAAUGCCACUGCAUUGUAACUUAAAUAUGGUUAAAAUGGCAAAAUUUAUGUAUAUUUUAUUAGAAUUUUAAAGUAAAAUGUCUUGGGGCAUAAUGAAGUGUACUAACCUUAAGUGUACAGGUCAAUAAAUUACUGCCCUUCCCUCCAGGGAUGGGCAUCAUUCUAACAGAAAA